AUCAUCCCCUCCGGCCGCCACUGUUUAACACCAACAACUUUAUUGCAUAACUAUAUUAACAAUUAGGUAUGAUGGGCAAGACGUCGUGUAGCGACUAUAAUAUGUAUAGCGAGCGGUAUCGUAUUCGUAUUUCGUAGUAUCGUACAUUCGUACUCCGUAGUGGUAGUAGUAGUAAAUAGUAUUGUGGUAUUAGUGGUUUGUGCCUCUAAGUGGCAACUCGGCGAUUCCUCUAUGUGGCGCACUCUCUUCCCGCCGCCUUUCAUUCAUAAUAAUAACAAAGUAUCGCACAGGAAAAAGAGGAGGACGACGUCCGCGGACAGUGCGAGGAGGUGUGUUGUGUGCAGCAUACAGCAGUACACGGCAAAACGCUCACAUACAAACACACUCACGAAUACGCGAUUUAUAUAAAUAUAUAUAUAUAUGUAUAAUAGACGAACUUACGACACAAUAAUAAUACUAUUAUAGACUCGACGGACACACAAUAAUACAGUACACAAUUGCUAUCUAACACUGAGCGCGGACGUCGAUCCGUAUUAUUCGCUAUUGUGCAUCGUUCGCGGUUCGCGCAACAAUCGCAAAUUUUCGGUGCAAUAAUUUCAUUUGCUAAUUGCUGAACGUUUUCCUGUAACUCCACACGCACAACGGCGUGUGCGCACAUCAAUAUAUUAUUAUUAUGCCCAUCGUCGUCUGACCGGAAAACACUAUCCAAUCUCGAGAACGCGUCCUGGUAUCAACAGUUGUCAUCGAGAUGAAGAAACGUGAAGAGAUGCAAGUCAAUGUUGCCGGGCUAAGGAGAAAUAUUAAAAAUAUAGCACAUAAUUACUCUGAUGCUCAAGUAAAAGUGCGAGAGGCAACUAGCAAUGAUCAAUGGGGUCCAAGCAGUACGUUAAUGGCUGAAAUUGCAGACUUAACUUAUAAUGUAGUUGCUUUUUCUGAAAUAAUGGCCAUUCUUUGGAAACGACUUAAUGAUCAUGGACGAAACUGGCGACAUGUUCAUAAAGCACUUAUUCUUCUAGAAUAUUUAAUAAAGACUGGCAGUGAAAAAGUUGCCCAACAAUGCAAGGAAAAUCGUUUUGCUAUUAAAACAUUAGAAACAUUUCAACACAUAGAGGACAAUAAAGAUAAAGGACAAAGAGUUAGAGAUACAGCUACACAACUAGUAGCUCUAUUAGAUGAUGAUGAACGAUUAAAGACCGAACGAGCACGUGCAAUAAAAGCAAAAGAACGAUCUGCACAAAAAAUUUCUAGUUUUGGCAGUGAUGGAAAUACAACUCCACAAAGUCCCAAGUAUCCAUUGUUCCGAGAUUCCUAUGGCUUAUAUGAUACACGACCUCCUGUAAAAGCGGAACUAGAAAGUGCACGUCCACAGACCGUCGGUGAAGAAGAAUUACAAUUACAACUAGCUUUGGCUAUGUCUAGAGAAGAAGCAGAACAAGAAGAACAAAAGAGGCGUAGUGAUGAUGUGCGGUUAAAACUGGCACUAUCUCAGAGUGAAAAUGAAUUCAAUAGUGGUUCGGAAUCUGGAGCUAAUAGUAGUAGUGGCAAGAGCAGUAAUAUGUUGGACCUAUUGGGAAUUGAUCUAGACAAUGAUGCAGAUCAAAAUGGUGCAACUGGAACAACAGCAGACCCAUGGGGUAUGCCAAUAAAAACUCAACCACAGCCUUUAAAUUGGUCUAAUGGAGAUUCAAAUAAUGGAACGUCAGGCCGAGCUGUUGACCCUUGGUCACCUGUUACACAAAAACAAAAUGCGACUUCUUCUACUCAUGUAUUGCCAAGUGCUAACAAUGGUGUACAUCCUUGGCUAUCACAAAACACCUCAGCUGUAACAAUGGCUCCACCAGACCCUUGGGCUCCUGCGACAAUUGCUCAACCUUUAAAUACACCAAAUCCAGAAUUUGAUGAAUUUGCUCUUCUUGGAAAUCGAUCGGUACAAGCAAAACCUACCCCGGACCCAUUUGACCUAUCCCAUUUAAAUAAUGAACUUCUAGGAACUUCACAAAGUUCAACGUCUGGUAAAAAGACACCACAUAGUUUCUUAGGAGAAAAUUCUGCUUUAGUAAAUUUGGAUAACCUAGUGACAGCUCCUAUUAAUCCAGCACCAGUUGCACAAAUACGACCACCUGGCAUGGCAAAUCCUUUUGGUUUAACUCCACAACCUCCAUUUGCCAAUCAACCAACAGCUCCAUCUGCAUUCAGUGGUCCAACUACUUCGACUUUGCCACCACCACUUGUGCCGUCACCAAAUCCGUUUCUGUCGUAGCAAAAUUUAAGGACUCUUUUAAUCAAUUACCAAAUGAUUAACAAUAACAAAGUUAUAUUUUUUUACAAUUGUUUCCAAUUUCCAGUAAUAUUUUAUUCGAGCAACAUGUGUUUUUCUUCUUAUUUAAAAUGUAAAUAAAUUAAGAAAAAAGAGCUUGGAAAAGUUAAUUUGGUCUCUAACGAUAAUUGUAAAAAAUAAUUACCUUUAUAACUUUUAAUCGUAAUAAUGUUAUUUAAUUAAAAACGCAAAUUACUAGGGUGUAUAGAGAUACAAAGAAAAAUAUAAAUUUUUCAAGAAUAAUUAAAAUGAUUUUUACUUUUGCAGUCAGCAUCAAUAUCUUAAUUCUUUUGAUAGAUACUUAAAAAAUAGCUACUUCAUAAUACGUAUCAUUAGCAAUUAUUAUUAGUAAAAAUAAUUUCUUACCAAUGUUUUUCAAAAUAUGAAAUUAAUAUGUAAGGUUU